CGCAGCCACUUAAGCUCCCACUCGCCCCCUCUCGUGUAAUCUCUUUACACUGCAGAAAUCUCAUCUCGGAGAAGAAGUAGAGAGAAAAAAAACAAUAAUGGCGACUAAUGGAUCUGCUAGCUCGAGGCAGCUUUCCCAGAAGGAAGCCGACAUCAAGAUGAUGUGCGCUGCUGAGGUUCACCUCGGAACCAAGAAUUGCAACUACCAAAUGGAGCGUUACGUCUUCAAGAGGCGCAACGACGGUAUUUACAUCUUUAACCUUGGCAAAACAUGGGACAAGCUGAUGAUGGCUGCACGAGUUAUCGUUGCUAUCGAGAACCCGCAAGACAUCAUUGUGCAGUCCGCUAGGCCCUAUGGUCAGAGAGCUGUCUUGAAGUUCGCUCAGUACACUGGAGCCAACGCCAUUGCUGGAAGGCACACUCCUGGUACAUUCACCAAUCAGAUGCAGACAUCGUUCAGCGAGCCCAGGCUUUUGAUUCUUACCGAUCCACGUACCGACCACCAGCCAAUCAAGGAAGGUGCUUUGGGAAACAUUCCAAUCAUUGCUUUCUGUGACACUGACUCUCCCAUGAGGUUUGUCGACAUUGGCAUCCCCGCCAACAACAAGGGCAAGCACAGCAUUGGUUGUCUUUUCUGGCUUCUUGCUCGCAUGGUCCUUCAGAUGCGUGGAACCAUUCGCCCUGCUCAGAAAUGGGAUGUCAUGGUUGACCUGUUCUUCUACAGAGAGCCCGAGGAGACCAAGCCAGAGGAUGAGGAUGAAGUUGCACCUCAGGCAGAGUAUGGAUUACCUGCUCCCGAGUAUGCAGGUGGUGAACAAUGGACCACUGCUGCCAUCCCUGAUGCUGCGUGGCCAGGAGAAGCUCAGGCGCCAAUCUCAGCUGCUCCUGCCGCUGGUUCAUGGAACGAUUCCGUUGCUCCAGCAGCAGAAGGUGGAUGGGACGCGGCUGUGCCACCCACAACUGCAGUGACCAAUUGGGAAUAAAGUUGAUAGCCUUUAACAAUGGGCUAUUGACAUUGUUUUUUUUUGUUACUCUUGGGAUUCGAAGAGCUCUCUGUUUUUUUUCCUACAAAGACACUUAGAUUACUCUUGUUUUGCACCCUUUUUUUUUGCUGAAUGGAAUCUCUAUUUUAUCUC